CAAUAUAUCACAUAUCAUUGGUGAUGCAAAUUGCAAUUGAAGCAUAACGAAAACGAAAAGGAAACAUACUAGUAAUAGUUAUGGGAGAGGGAAAUGAAGUGCUUGAAAAUUCAAGAUCUGGCAAACAACUAAUAGGAGGUGAAGGAAGCGACGAGGAAUUAGAAAGCAACGAUAGUGUCCUACGUAUUGUGGAAACCUUGCUGCGUUUGUUCACAAUUGGUCUUUGUUUAACAGCUCUUGUCAUUAUGCUUAAGAACUCUCAGCAAAAUCAGUAUGGCUCCGUUAGCUACACCGACCUUACUGCUUUCAGGUAUUUGGUGCAUGCAAAUGGAAUUUGUGCAGGAUAUUCAUUAUUUUCAGCGGUUAUUGUUGCUUUGCCACACCUUUCAACCAUGUCUAGAGCUUGGACCUUCUUUUUGCUUGACCAGGUGUUAACGUACCUGAUCCUGGCUGCUGGAGCUGCAUCAGUGGCAGUGUGGUACCUAGCUGAGAAGGGAAACAGUGCAACAACAUGGAGCUCAGCUUGUACCUCUUUUGGUCCAUUUUGUCACAAAGUUAUUGCUUCAGCAUCUAUCACAUUUGUCGCAUUUUUUUGCUAUGUCUUGCUUUCGCUCAUUUCCUCUUACAAGUUAUUCACCAAGUAUGAAGCACCACUUGUGACCAACCCCGCUAAGGGUCUUCAUACUGCUGCUUUCCAUGCUUCACACAAAACUUAAUUUGUGCUUCUCAUAUGUAUUAGUAUAAGACAAGUUGUUUAUGCUUGGAUUUAUCUUUCUUCCGGAACUUCUCAAAAA